AUGGUGCUCCCUUUGUUAAUAUAUAAGGAGGUGGACACUAAAAGAGGGAGCAAUGCUCUGCACCAUGGUUUUCUGAAGAAGAAGCAGCACAUCACAAUCUCCCCACCACCACCUACACACACACAGACGAUGAAUCUCAGUUCUCAGGCUGGAGUACUGAGGAGAGGCGUCAUCAACUCCCUAGUUGCCUUCUCUAUCAUAGUCGGCUUCAUCAUCUUGUUCUACCAAGGCCAGAAACUACAGCUGGUGCCAAUGGCGGUCAAGCAUAAACACCAAGAAAUGCAGGCCAAGAUGGCAGCUGAGCACCAUGAACAACUUAGAGGGGAGCUCUCAGUCCCAGACCCCAGCAGGGAAGAGUGCAAUUGGUCCACAGGACGGUGGGUCUACGACAACGUGUCCCGGCCAUUGUACAAUGGGCUCAAGUGUGCCUUCAUCUUUUCUGAGGUGGCCUGUGACAAGUAUGGCAGGAAGGAUGUCAUGUACCAGCAGUGGAGAUGGCAGCCUCAUGGAUGCGACCUUCCAAGAUUUGAUGCCAUCACGCUACUUGAAACGCUGAGGAACAAGAGGUUGGUGUUCGUGGGUGACUCUCUCAAUAGGAACCAAUGGGUUUCCCUGGUGUGCAUGGUGGAGGCCUCUAUACCUGACGUUAGGCACAAGAUGCAAAUCACCAAUGGCUCACUCCUUUCCUUCAAGGCAUCGGAAUACAAUGCAACCAUAGACUUCUACUGGUCACCAGUGCUGUUGGAGUACAAUGGUGAUCACCCUACCAUCCACCAGUUGGAGUACAGGAUCAUAUGGGCAGAUAGGAUUGAGAAGCAUGCUAGCGCUUGGAGAGAUGCUGACAUCAUAAGUGGAGGGCUAGCAACUGGGGUGGAGAAGAGAGGAACAAAUGUCUUAAUGAGACAGAACAGAUCUACAAAGUCGGAUACAAAAGAGACAGAUUACAGUAUGAUGGAGAAGGCUAAGUUAUAUUUCGGGACGCUAGAGGAGAAGGGCAUACACAUUCAGAUACUGAACAUCACGGAGUUGUCUGACUACCGUAAGGAUGGGCACCCAACGGUGUUUAGGAAACAGUUUCACCCUCUAACGAAAGAACAGAUCAUGAACCCAGCGAGUUAUGCGGAUUGCAUUCAUUGGUGCCUCCCCGGUGUUCCUGAUGUCUGGAAUGAGUUUCUGUACGGCUACCUCAUGUACAAAUGA